UAGCUUCUGCGCCUGUUAUGGAGAAACCACCGCAAAAUGUGACCGCAUUGGAUGGCAAGGACGCGACUAUUUGGUGCCGGGCAGUUGGGGCGCCAAAUCCGAACAUCACAUGGAUUUACAACGAAACACAACUUGUUGAAAUAUCCAGUCGUAUGCAAAUUCUGGAAUCUGGAGACUUAUUAAUGUCGAAUGUACGUGAAACGGAUGCUGGCCUAUAUACAUGCGUGCGUUCAAAUGAGGCGGGCACGGUCAAUGGCGAGGCAUACCUAAGCGUUUUGGGUAAGUAUGGUGAAAAUGGCAAUUCAGCACGCUAACCGCCAUGCAAUUCACUUGCUUGUUUGCUUGUACAUUUGUACUGUAAUGGAUUUUGUAUUUGUAUUUUGUGUUAUAUUAGUUUGGCGGUAUAAACCAAAAGCCUGCAUUUAUGUAUGUACUCCUGUUCCUGUUGCACGCCUAACAGUCUCCUUGGCUGCUUGUUGCGCUCUCUUAUGCCGUAUUUCCACUAGACCUUAAAAUGACAAAAAAUGUGUGC